UUCUGACAAUUUUUGUGUGCAUUUUGGCCGCUAAUUUCAGCUUUUUCUUUCUAGUACAGAAUUCAGAUUCUUGUUUUUAAGUGUAAUACAUACAUCCUUUGUAAUAAGCAUUAAAUCAUUGGGUCAGCCCCACUGCUUAAUGCAGUUUUGUGUUCCUCACUAAUGGCUAAGACUGCUAGCAAUUUCGGUGGACGCAAUGUGCUUCAUUGCACUGUCGACUCAGCCUCACUUCCGGUCUGUGCUCAGUCCUUUGCAGUUUUUAUCAUGUCUUCAGAGUAAAUUUGAUAGGCACAGGAAGUGUCAUUAGACAUUGAACCGAGAGUCAACAAAAAGGAACUCUUCUUCUAAGAAUGGUACAUCACUACCCCCCCUCCCGAUUUUAUACCAUAUGAACUAACGCUGGUGGAAAAGAUGUUUGCUUGUUUCCUUCUCUACUAGCCUUCUCACGCUGCAUUGCAGAAAUAACAGCACAUACACACACACGUUUUUUCUCAACAGGAAAAAAAAUGAAUUGCACACAUUGGCAGCGUAAUUAUUGAUGUCUUCAUCCAUUCACUGCCUACCAGAACGUUAAGAAUUGCCCCCAUCUCUAAAAGUCACAUUUUGCAUGGCUACUAGUUUAGUGUAUUUAUGGUGCAUGAGUCACUGAGCUUUCUCCUGAUUGGCUGGAAAUUAAACACCCCUGGGACUGUCAGUCAGUUACAGCCAUUCUCAGCUUCAUUCACAGAUUUAUUUCGCUUGCACACAGGGAAAUUCAUUCAGAAAACUUCAUUCAUAAAAAUUGCAACAUUCUCUUUCUUUUAAUCUUCCAUACAAAUAAGCUACCAUGACCUGGCUACUGAGGAAAACCUACGGAUGACUCGAAAGGCUGCUGGAGAUGCUUCGCUGUAAUAUUUCCACUGACUGAUGAUGAAUCUGAAGUCCAAUUGUGCCGGAUCAUAAAUCUACGAGGAGUAUUUUGCUUAUUGUGGUGCUAAAGGAUCUUUCAAGAAUUACCAGGGUUUUACUGAGAGAAACUGAGUUUCAUCUGCAGAAUUAUUUUAACAUGGGAUUUUAUCACCUACAUUUCUGUGAAUUGAGAAUUUUUUAAAUCGCAUUUUUCCCCCGACAGAGAAAUUCAGCAUUAAUAUGCUAAUGAAAAAUCUCCUUUCAAUGCUGCUGUUCUAGGAAAGGUAGAAAUUUAAACUCUCUUGUGCUGUUUUGGUAUGAAAUAGUGUUUUCCUUUCUCAUUUUGAAUAUAUUUAGAUAUUUAGAUUAAUUGCAGCCAGGCUUUGACUAUUGCUAAAAUGGGGCUAUGGUAGUGAGAGGUCAAAGCAGAGCUUGCAUGCAUGCUUGCAGAGCUCUUCAGAAUAAACAGCUGUAGUUUUCUCUGGUUUACCUGCAUGCAUGUGUUUGUGUAAAUUUAAUUCAGAUUUAAUUCCAAAUAGCCAGAUGUCCAGACAGAGCGAGGCUCAAUUUAUUAAAAGGGAGAAGUCACCUGGGAACCUGACGAGGACACCAGUGACAACCAAAUCUGCUCUUUUCUUCUUUCUUUUCAAAAUAGUUCUGGUUUGCCUAAUUCCAUAUUUCUUUCUCUUAUUUAUAAAAAGGCAGCCGAUUUAGAGAAGGGUGGGGUAGGGAAAGAGAACCCAGUUGCAGAACUUUGAAGGCUAUGAGAGAACGCAUUCCACACAGCCUCGGCGGACACAUACUAUAUGUAGGACUGUUGAGAGACCUAGGAAUGCUUCACAGGGCUAAGUACAGUCGUUUUAAAAAUGAAUCCCUCACAUCACUGGAGGAAGAUGUGCAGAGCCGUCCUUUGCACCUUAAAGGCUCUUCGUCUUCUCAUUCCUCAACGCCUAACAUCCCAAUUGAAGAUGUCACCAUAGGGACACCGGACAGCUCUCUUGCUCUGUGCACCUUGAUCCCUCGGAUGGCUAAUAUCAAGCUGGCCAACCCUUCCACCUUACCAAGCUUCAAGAACUUCUGCCUACGGACUAAGGAGGUACCAAGAAUUAAGCUCACCGAAUGCCAAACUGUCCCGAGCAGCCCAACCUUGCCAGAAAUCAAUUUAACCAGCUGCCUGACUGCUUCUUAUUCCCGGGGAAACCCAGACAGGCCAACAAAGGCCAAAAUAAAUAUCCAAGAGGACAGUUUCUUGUCUGGCUCUGAGGAAUCGGCUUUCAUAUCCAAACAGGGAAAAGACUUUAGGCAGAGGGGUGAAUCCAGUUUGGAGACUGGGAUCUCAUACGCCGUCCAAUAUAUGGGCUGUAUUGAAGUGUUGCAGUCAAUGAGAUCUCUGGAUUUUGGCACUCGGACACAAGUUACCAGGGAAGCAAUAAGUCGGCUGUGUGAAGCUGUACCAGGAACGCAAGGAGGCAUAAAAAAGAGGAAGCCUCCAGCUAAAUUUUUAUCUCCAGUGCUUGGUAAAAGUAACCUUCAGUUUUCUGGCAUGAAUACAAAACUGACCAUCUCAACAACCAGCCUCACUCUACUGAACAUUGAGACCCAGCAGAUUAUUGCGAAUCACCACAUGCAGUCCAUUUCAUUUGCUUCUGGAGGUGAUCCUGAUACAACAGACUAUGUCGCCUAUGUUGCUAAAGACCCCGUUAAUCAAAGAGCCUGCCAUAUACUGGAAUGUCCCAGCGGAAUAGCCCAGGAAGUCAUAAAUACCAUAGGGCAAGCUUUUGAGCUCCGUUUCAAACAGUACUUGAAGAAUCCAUCCACUUUGAUUGCUUCCAAUGAAAGAGAAGUGCUUAAUCUUGGUGGAUCCACGUGGAAUAUUCAGGAUAAGGAAGAUCAUGAAUACUAUAAUGAAAUCCCAGGGAAAGAGCCUCCUGCGGGUGGACUAUUAGAUGCCAGGCUGAAAGUACCCACAGAACAAAGAACUAAGUGCCCUGUGCACUAUGAACAGCAAUAUUGUCCAACUGGGAGCCCCAAAUCCACAAAUAUUUAUGAAAACUGCCCAGAGGAGAACAAGGCAGUAGAUGGCUGCACUGAACAAGGGCAGGGAGGAAAGAGAGAUGCUUCACUGCUGAAAAAUGCAAGCAAAAUGGAUCUUUUUGACGACCCUCGAUAUAUCAACACUCAGAAUUUGCAGACCAUGCCUAGUACUACCAGAAGCUGCAGUGCGGAACAGACCUGUGGCAGCCCUGUUCACCAUUCAAAAUCAUUGGAAGAGGUUGAGCAGAACCUGGCAAGUCUUGGAAGCAUUGCAGGCAUACAGCAGCAGCUAUGGAAUGAAGAAUGCUACCAUGGAAAGUUAACCAGGAAAGCAGCAGAGAGCCUCUUAGUGAACGAUGGGGAUUUUUUGGUGCGUGAAAGUACGACGUCACCUGGCCAGUAUGUUUUGAGUGGGCUACAAGGAGGACAAGCGAAGCAUCUGUUGUUGGUGGAUCCUGAAGGCAAGGUUAGAACCAAAGAUCAUGUGUUUGACAGUGUGGAUCAUCUUAUUCGUUACCACAUGGAAAAUAAAUUGCCAAUAAUCUCUUCUGGAAGUGAAUUAAAUCUGAAGCAGCCUCUGAGGAAGGGGACCGGACACCCGCAAUAUAACAAAUAAUUAGGUUGGCUUACGCCAUCCUCAAGACAAUUCCUGCUUUCUUUUUCCUAACAAAACUUCAAGUGACUAUUCUGAAACAUGGAUCCUAGGAAUCCAGCUCUGCAAAGAAUAGAUGAUGCCUCUAGAUGCUGUUACACAAGACUUUGUGCGUGUGUGUUAUUUACUUGCCAGUGUGUUUAUCUACUUUACAUCUAUACAGUCCCAUCUGGACAGCUAUAACAGUUUUACCUUACGGAAAUAAAACCCUGGAGAGCAAGAGAGAGAGGAGAUACCAAGCACCAGAAUCACUUUCUAAUGAUUUUUAGAAUCAGUAUGAAAUAUAAAAGCACAAGCAAACGAUCACAAGCAAAAGCAAAACUGACUCGAAGAAACUGGCUGGAAUGAUAGAAAUAUGUGCCUUUUAACCAAGGAGGUGUGGGGAAAUAAAUAAUCUUUAUACUGGAUUCUAAAAAAUUUAGUUGAUUAAUUUGUCUAGGUAUACAAGAUAUGAUUGCCAAAAAACAGAGAGAUAAAAGAACCCACAGGUCAAUUUGAAUAGAACGAUAAAACAACAACAACGACUUCCAUUAUGAUACUGAUCUUUCUUUGAGGGCUACUCCAAAAUUCACAGUUUCGUUAAUCAAUUUCAGUGAAAUGUAAGUAUGCUUUGGAGAAAGACUACAGCUUAAGAAAGGUAUCAGAUUCAUUCAUUAGUAGUAAUAAAUAAUAAUAUCCCUAAACUUUUUAAUGUUUGUGCAACGUUUGCUAAAUCUAAGUAUGUAAAUUAAGCAUAAUUUUGAAAUGGAAGCUGACACUGGGUUAAACUUAGGUUUGCUUACUUUUCAAAAAGCCCUUCUAUGCCUUUAGCAGCAGCACUACAUGUUAAGCGAUAGCUGAAGCUUCAUUUGCAGGUCAUGCUGCUGUUUAAGAAAAGAAGAGAUGGACUUAAUGGAUGGUAAGCCUAGUUAGAUGCUAAUAUUUUUGAGAGUCUCAAAUAUGAUUUUACUAAUAACGCCAACAAGUAUCAGAAAUAACUUUCACUCUCAAAUUCCAUUGUACGUUUACAAUAUAGAGAAGCUACAGGAAACAGAUUAUAUGUUAUUUUGCAGGGGGACCUUUUUAAACUGGCUACUUUCCUUUCCUCUUUUUAAAUUUUGCAUGCUCUGUAUUUCCCCUUCCCUCUGCUCUUUUUCAGCUCCACUAGAUUUCUUUUGUUCCUAAAAGUUAAGAAACUAAGUUUCUUAGAAAUAAAUAUUCACCCCGCAUUGUCUCUGUACCCGUUGUCAAUCUGAAGUAUUAUGUAAAUUAGCAUAUACUGGAGCAAUUCUGUACUUUAUAACAGAGAGACCAAGUAGUGUGUUUGGAGUUUUGAAAAAGAAGACUACACUCUUAAGCACACACAUCUAGGGAGUAAUAUUUACUGAACUCAGCGGCCACACUCAGAUGUUCUAAUCCUGACUUGAUAAACCACUGCAUGCUUGUCCAUGGCACUCGUAUAUAUGCUGGUUUAUUAAGCCAGGAUUUGAUUGUUAUGAACCUGGUCACUGGAACUUACUUCCAAGUGCACAUACUCAAGACCACACUGCACAUGGAAAGGAUAGUUUUCUCAGGGUAUAUUCCUUUUUAUAUAUUAGCACAAUGCCACCAAAAUCAUAUUUGUAAGAGCUGAACAAGUUGGCAGAGCAAUAGAUGGUGAUUCUCUCCUAGGAUGCCCAACAAUGGAUAUAUGAAAGUCUUAAAUAAGGUUAGCUUUUAAAAUAAUGACAUUUAAAAAUAAACUUUGUCUGUGCAAAUAUA